GCCGGGUCUUCCUUUAACUUCCUCUCCAAAAUUUCUCAACAUAAGGUCGACUCAAAACAGGUGAACAGUAACUUCACGCAGCAUCUGAUUGCUCUUUUCGUUUAGUUUUUUCAGAGGAAGCUCUCGCUGUUUCCCAGAUGCCUCGUGCUUCGUCCAAGAAAGGCUCCUCCAGCUCCACCACUUCGGCAUCAACCAUGGAUCUCUUUCGCUCUGCUUCAGGUAAAGCAGCGAGUAAAGAGUUGGAUCGAAUCGAUCAAUUGUUUUAUACAUAUGCUAAUAAUUUGUCUGGUUUAAUUGACCCCGAAGGAGUUGAGGCUCUAUGUUCGGACUUGGAAGUGAAACACACCGAUAUUCGCAUAUUAAUGCUGGCUUGGAAAAUGCAAUCAGAGAAACAAGGAUACUUUACUCUGGUUAGCAGGAAACCUCUAUUUCUAUACUCUUUAAUCGUGUGUUCAUAUCAUUAUUCCUUGUUUCCUAACCUGUUUCUGUCCAGAAGUACGGCUGAUGCUGAUACUAUCUCAACCAUGACACUCAUUUUUAUUAUCAAAGUUAGUACCACUGCUGUUUGUUCUUGCAUUAGGAUGAGUGGAGAAAAGCGCUAAAAUCAUUAAGAGCCGACACAUUGCAAAAAUUGAAGAAAGCUCUUCCGGAACUAGAGAAGGAAGUUCGAAGACCACCAAACUUCGUGGAUUUCUAUGCUUAUGCAUUUCGGUAUUGCUUAACAGAGGAGAAACAGAAGAGUAUAGAUAUCGAAAGCAUAUGCGUACUGCUGGAUCUUGUGUUAGGCUCUCAAUUUCGGCUCCAAGUUGAUGAAUUCAUCCAGUAUUUAAAAAUCCAAAGCGAUUACAAGGUCAUCAAUAUGGAUCAAUGGAUGGGAUUUUACAGAUUUUGCUGCGAGAUAAGCUUUCCGGACAUGAGGAAUUAUGAUCCAGAGCUCGCUUGGCCUUUGGUUCUUGACAAUUUCGUCGACUGGAUGACAGAAAAGCACAGCUAGAUCAUAGUACCCUGCAGGAUCUAUUAUGUUACAACGUGUUUGCUUUUGGCGUCUUUUUCGUCCCCAGAUAUGUUGGGAAUGAUGUUUCAUCUCAAAAUAAUGGAAGAAUGGACACCAAAAGCCCGGGCAUUGUACACAACCAAGUUAUGAUUCUGAUUGCCAACUUUAUUAUUAAAAAAAAGAUUGUAUGUGAACUAUAAGCUCUUGUUUACAAACUUCUCCUGUAUUAUUCACACCAUUAUUUUCAGUGAAUAUCCAUAAGUAUUACUCCCUCUGUCCCUCUUCACAUUUCGGUUUACGCUAUUUGAGUG